AUAAAUAGUUGACUGCUAAAAACAUCGAGCCACCAAACCGACUUUGCUUACGUAUCGACCUGUUUGUCAUUCUGUGAACAUUUCAUAAGUCAAUGAAGCUCUUUAUGAAGCUGAGUCUAGUCCAACCAAACCAUCAAAAGAGGGCUACCCUUUAAAUAAAUAAAUAAAUAUAAAAAAAUUGAAAAGACUUCCAAUCCAAUCCAAUCAACCCAAACCAAAGUAACACUAUAAAUAGCAACCAAACCUUGCCACCUUGCCACCUAUUCAUCAAGAAAUCACAAACCAGAAGCACUACCAAGCAGUACAAACCCAUUACUUCAGUCAGCCAUUUCGUCGAACACCCAAAAAAAGACUUCCAUUUUUCUGCCAAUAUCAGCCAUGUUUCUUCAGCUCUUAACCUUGGCCUCCCUGGUCCUCCUUCCCCUACUUUUCUUCUUCGUCUUCAGGGCUUCAUCACAACCAAACCCCAAAACCAGCAACAACACCAAGGUCCUCAAAUCAUACCCAAUAAUCGGCUCUUUCAUAACCCUCUACAAAAACCAUGAACGCAGGCUCCCAUGGUUCACAGACCUCCUCCGAAGCUCGCCAUCAAACACCCUCACCAUCCACCACUCUCUGGGCAAGCACUUCGUCGUCACGGGCAACCCCACUGUCGUCCAGCACAUCCUCAAGACCCAUUUCCCCAUCUACGAAAAAGGCAACACCUUCCGCACCACCCUCACCGACCUCCUCGGCGACGGCAUCUUCAACGCCGACGGCGACAACUGGAAGUUCCAGCGCCAAGUCUCCAGCCACGAAUUCAACACCAAGUCUCUGCGUAAAUUCGUCGAACAGGUCGUGGACACCGAGCUCUCCGACCGCCUCAUUCCCAUUCUCUCCGCCGCCGCCACCAACAAUUUAAUUCUCGACUUCCAAGACAUUCUCCAACGCUUCGCCUUCGAUAACAUCUGCAGAAUCGCAUUUGGAUACGAUCCGGCUUACCUGCUACCCACUCUGCCCGAAGCCAAAUUCGCAGUGGCUUUCGACGACGCCGUUCAAAUCAGCGGCGACAGGUUCAGUUCGUUUUCCCAAGUGUGGAAGCUCAAAAGGUUUCUCGGAAUUGGCUCCGAGAAGCGCCUCCGAGCUGCGGUCUCCGAAGUUCGCGAGUUCGCGAACACCAUUGUCAGGGAAAAGAAGCGAGAGCUGAGCGAGAAGAAGGCUCUAGAGUCCGUGGAUCUCCUCUCCCGGUUCUUAGGCUCAGGCCAUUCGGAUGAAAAGUUCGUCACCGACAUCGUCAUCAGCUUCACCCUCGCCGGCCGAGACACCACGUCGGCAGCUCUCACAUGGUUCUUCUGGCUACUAUCGCAGAACCCACAUGUGGAAGACGAGAUUCUAAAGGAGAUCAGCAGAACGACGGAGUUGGAGUCGGCCACAGGGGGUUACGACGAGGUGAUGGAGAUGGUGUACACUCACGCGGCGCUGUGCGAGAGCAUGAGGCUGUACCCGCCGGUUCCCGGGAACAGCAAAAAGGCGAUGAAGGACGACGUUUUGCCGGACGGGACGAAGGUGAAGAAGGGAAUGGUGGUGACCUACAACGUGUACUCGAUGGGGCGGAUGGAGGAGAUUUGGGGGGAGGACUGGGCAGAGUACAGGCCCGAGAGGUGGCUGGAGGAGAGAGAGGAGAAUGGGGCCCACAAGUGGAAGUUUGUCGGGAGGGACUCGUUCAGCUACCCUGUGUUUCAGGCGGGGCCCAGGAUCUGCUUGGGGAAGGAGAUGGCGUUUCUGCAGAUGAAGAGGGUGGUGAGUGCUGUUUUGAAGAGUUUUAAGUUGGUCCCGGUGGAGAGGGAGGGUGGAGCCCAGCCAGAGUUCGUGGCCUACCUCACCGGAAAAAUGAAAGGUGGCUUUCCGGUCACCAUUGUGGAGAGGGCUUGAUGAAGAAUAUGUAUGUUUUGUUCACAGAGUUUCAGUGUGUACACGAUGUAGGCUUAAGAAUAGCCACAGCAUUGGUUUAAUAAGUACGUGCGUAAUUAAGUUGAAGGUUUUCGAUAGUAAGUGUUAUGGAGUUACAAUAGUAUUUCAGUUACAAUAGUUAAUCCCACUAAUGAUAAAAAAUAGUAAGUUGUCAGUUACAUUGUUAUUAGGCCAUAACUCCAUAUUUAUAUUUGUGAUAAUGACUUGUUGUAACUGUAGAUUAUUCUUUACAAACUUUAUAUAUAUUGUAUAAUGAUAAUAUGAAUAAUAUAAUGGAAAAUCAGUUUCUUCA